AUGAAAGAAGACCUCGAGAAUGACCUAACUGAGGAUGAAGAUGCGUGCGAUGAAGUUAAAAACGAGUCGAAAUCCUCUCACGUGUAUCUUACGCAACCGAGUGAUGACCUGAAUAGAUACAUGGUCGAUAAAUUCCACCCGCCGACAGCAAAAUCAAAGCAAGUUCCUUACGAAUCCAUUGAUCUAUCUGUAUACAAGCCUUCAGCGAAAUGCUUAGGACUCACCACCUCCGAAUGUCGACUAUUACAUUGGAUUACUACCUUCGGACAAAGAUAUCACAGCCUAUUGACCGGAAAUGCCUCUGGAUACAAGGUAAUUUGGAAAGAGCAAGACAAUAAUCAUUCUGCCUCAAAAUGUGAUAAGAUAGUCAUUAAUUUGCUUAAAGAAACAGCCUCUUCUGAUGAGCUAUUAGUGGCAAUAACAGUAUUUAUAACGACGGGCAGAAUCCUUGUACAAGGAAAAGGCCAUGAAGACUGGAGUAAACAUGAGUUUCCGGUUCUCCUGGACAUUGUAAACCAACUGAGCUCCCUGAAGAGUUUUUCCAGUAUCUCUUCAGUGGAAGAUAAAUCAAUUUUUACCGGUUCUGUUCACAACUUCUUUGGAAAU